UUGAGGCGCUCUCUUACGUGUUCAUCUACCAGGAUCGACGUUGAGACAACAGGAAGCAGAGGGGCUUUGGCCAAAAAAAAAAAAAAAAAAAAGGCAGAAGGAGAGAUUGCCUUGCCUUCUAAUUUCUCCCUCUCCAGCCCCAGAACAAUGUCGAUGAGCCCUAAGCAUACGACUCCUUUUUCUGUUUCCGAUAUCUUGAGUCCCCUUGAGGAGAGCUAUAAGAAAGUAAGUAUGGAGAAUAACAACUUGGGGGCACCUCUCACUUCUUACCGGCAGCCGCAAGUCUCACAGGCGGCGAUGCAGCAGCACCACAUGGGCCAUAAUGGGACUGUGUCUGCGGCUUACCACAUGACUGCGGCAGGUGUUUCUCAGCUGUCACACACGGCCAUGGGGGGCUACUGUAACGGCAACCUGGGCAACAUGGGCGACCUGCCGUCUUACCAAGACGGCAUGAGGGGCAGCGCCACGGCAACCGGCUGGUACGGAGCCAACCCAGAUCCGCGUUUUUCCACCAUUUCCCGCUUCAUGGGCUCAUCAUCCGGGAUGAACAUGGGCAGCAUGGGCAGUCUCAGUUCCCUGGCAGACGUGGGUAAAGGCAUGGGCUCUCUGUCAACCACACCGAGGAGAAAGAGGCGAGUGCUGUUCUCCCAGGCGCAGGUGUACGAGCUGGAGCGACGCUUCAAGCAGCAGAAAUACCUGUCGGCGCCGGAGAGGGAACACCUGGCAAGUAUGAUCCACCUCACCCCGACCCAGGUGAAAAUCUGGUUCCAGAAUCACCGGUAUAAAAUGAAGAGGCAGGCAAAAGACAAAGCCUCCCAGCAGCAGAUGCAGCAGGAGAGCGGCUCCUGCCAACAACAGCAGCAGCAGUCACCUCGGAGAGUAGCUGUGCCGGUGCUGGUAAAGGAUGGGAAGCCGUGCCAAGGCAGCGGCCACACGCCCACAUCCUCCGCUCAGACGCACCACCAGCAAGGGGGCAAUGUCAUGAUUAUGUCUAACAACACGUCCGGCCUCGGCCAGCAUCAGAGCCAGCAGGUGGGAAGCACAGGUCACUCUCCAGACUUGGCGCAGCACUCCUCCAGUCCGCCCUCACUUCAGAGCCAAGUGGCCGGCCUCUCCCACCUCAACUCCCCCGCCGCAGAGUACGGCUCGGCCUUGCAGUGUUCAGCCCUGUUAUACGGCAGGACAUGGUGACAAGAGGCGCCGGCUAUGAUUUAAAUCUAAUUUUAAAAAAGAAAAGACAUUUUUAUGUUAAUGCUCGGCAAGUUUCACUGUAAAUGUGCGCACUUGAACAAGAACCGAGUGAAACCGACGCAGCUCUUCUUGAAUUUUUUCUCCUCCCCAUUUCGAAAGGAAGUGUGACUCUUGUGGAAGAAUCACUUGUUCACAAACUGCGGAUGUAAAAGUCUUGGGAUUUAUUUAUGUAAAUUAUAUUGACACAAAGGAAGAAUCAGCAGUCAAAUAGGCCCCAUAGUUGGGAUAACUAAACCCGAAACAGAGACGCAGAUAGACUGCAGGACUGCUGGGUGCUCUUAAAUUUCCCUCCUCAGACACAAAUGUGAUGACUCUGAUUCAUAAUAGAAUUUAAUGUAAGCCGUAGAUCUAGCUUGUAUAUUUCAGUAAAAGGUUUGAAUUUUAGCUAUUUGUUGUACAAAGUUUUUGACGCUAUUGCCGGUUUGUUGUCGUUUCACUGGUAUUUGUACGUUUUAUUUCUUUGUAACUUAUAUAGAUAUUUGACUUACAGCAAAAC